AGAGAGAGAGAGAGAGAGAGAGAGAGAGAGAGAGAGAGAGAGAGAGAGAGAGAGAGAGAGAGACGCGGCUCUUGAGGCGGGUUAUAACAACUUUCUCUCAGCUGUGCGAGAAACAUUUGGUGUUUGAUCCGUCGACAAACGAGAUCUGGACCACGAACAGUAACAAGGAAAAGUGAUAUUUCACAAAUCUUUCAGUUUAGCUGAAGUCUGUGAGCACCACCCUGUCAGGAUGUUGAACGAAGAAGACAUGGAUUAUGGAAAUGCCACAUAUGAAUACUUGGAAUAUGGUGUGGAAGAACCCAAAUCAGAAGGGUACAGUCAACGAGAAGGUCUUCACAUUGCAUCGGUGAUCAUCUACAGUCUGGCCUUUACUCUGGGUCUCAUUGGGAAUGGAUUGGUUAUCUGGGUGACCGCCUUCAAAAGCAAGAGGACCGUGAACAGCGUUUGGCUGCAGAAUCUGGCCAUAGCCGACUUUGUGUUCGUGCUUUUUCUGCCGUUCUCUAUCGACUAUGUGCUGCGAGACUUUCAUUGGCUCUUUGGGAAAACCAUGUGCAAGCUGAACUCGUUCAUCUGCACAAUGAACAUGUACGCCAGCGUGCUUUUUCUCACCGUCCUCAGUUUGGAUCGCUACAUCUCGCUGGUCCACGCGAGCUGGUCGGACAAGUUCCGCACCCUCCGUCGGGCCUGGUGGGCGUGCGCGCUGAUUUGGAUGGUGUCGUGCUGCUUAAGCUGUCCGGCUCUGAUAUUCCGGGAUACGAUUUUACAUAACGGAAAAACCGUGUGUUUCAAUAACUUUCACGAUACAAACGGGCACAUCGUGGCGAUGAGACACAUCGCCAUGGUAUCUCUGCGUACGGCUGUUGGUUUCCUUCUUCCGUUCGCCACCAUCACCAUUAGCGGCGUGCUGCUGGCCUGUAAGAUGCGCCGGUCCAAUUCGGUGCGCUUCUCCAGUUUCUCACGAACCGUCUCUGCUGUGAUUCUGGCGUUUUUCCUCUGUUGGGUCCCGUUUCACACCUUCAGCCUGAUGGAACUGAGCAUGCACCACACCAGCUCCCUGCACUCGGUACUAAGGGUGGGUUUUCCCCUUGCCACCAGCCUGGCCUUCUUCAACAGCUGUGUCAACCCCAUCCUCUAUGUGCUGCUAACCAAGAAGGUUCGAAAGCUUAUCCAGAGGUCGUGUCUGAACUUCACAAAGACCUCGCUGAGAGAACUCAGUCAGUCAUUUUCUGCUACAGAGGUCGACUUGUCGCCGCCCAGCUGUUCACCUGACGAACUCUCUGCCAACUCAUCAGUCUGACAGAAUUACAUGUGUCACUUUAAACUUAACUGGAAUAACUUUUCAUUUGUUAAGGGGGACGCAGGUUUUGUAAUGUACUAUUCUUCACACAAUACAUACACCAAAUUUUAUCUGUUUCAUAUACAAUUAAUAAAUAAAAUAUCCUCUAAACUUUUAUAAGGGAAUAAAUGUACUUUACACUUUACAAAUGUCAAGAUAUUUCUACAGCAGACAAACAAUAUAUUAUCUUUAUUUUAAACAAAAGUUUAUUUACUUGCUUUGUCACUUGCAUAUAAAUUAAAAUAAUAAAGGUAGUAAUACUGUAAAUUGCUCACGUUCAUUUCUUAUGCAUGAAGCCAUCAAGGCUGUCAGUUUUUCCGCUCAGUGGUUUGUUGAUCCAACACCUCAUUCCACAGAUGCCUCAGAUCUUCAUCAUUGCAAUCACUUUCCCACGAGCGCUUGUGAGGUAGACGAUGAAGCAGAAAGUGUCCUUUUUCAGAAGUGCUGUCCCAUUUGUGUAUGUCAUGUUUUCCGUCAGGUCUUGGGUUUAUUUAAAAACUCGCUCGAAAUGAGUUUUUUUAUUCAAACACAAUUUGAAUGCAUAAUACUAACAUAAAAAGGUAACUCUUUGACAUACUUUUCUUUUUGAAAACACUCAACUCAGUUAAGACGAUUAACUACUUGCUCAGUUUACUUAAUCCAUUUGUGUUGGGACAACAUCGACUAACUGAAACUACAAAGCGGAGAUGCUUUGCUCUCAUGACAAAUUAACACAGUAAAUGUUAAAGGGCACCUAUUGUCCGAUUCCCGAUUUUACAUUUCCUUUGAUGUGUGAGUGUGUAUUAGUAAUGUUAACGAUAUGCAAAAGGUACAAAUCCCAAAGUAAAAGAUGACGCGAUUUACUCCAACGUAAAUUUCUUUUCUUGGACUACAACAAAAACACGAAUUGUAGGCAACAGUUUACUUCCUGGGACUGUUGAUGUAGACAAAACCGACAUUAUCAUAAUUCCUACCGAUUCUGACUCACAGCCUGUAAGUCGUCUAUGUUUUUUUUUAUAUUUAAAGACUUUACUACUGAUUAACCCUCAUAAGCCACUAUUUUCCUGUAUACGUUAUAGUUCCAUGGGGGUAAAAUGACCCCAGAAAUUAAAAGAGUGAUUAGAAAAAAUAUAUAAAUUUUUAAUGAUACAAAUAAUAUAUAAUUUUUUUGUUUACUUCCCAUCUAUACAUUAAUGCUGUGUUUUGGGAGAUAUGAACUACUUUUGUACCCGUUUACCACUCAAUUCCUCAACUACACCAAUAUCAAAUUUUUAUUAAAAAAUGCACAUAAAUUUGAUCUAAAUUGUUUUUAGAUAUUGAUCCCGAUGUUAUGUGUUGAAUUCGGCCAUCUGGUGUUUAGAAAUAAACAUAAAAGAAUUACAGUUUAGGAAAUAAAUCAUUUCGACCAGCAGAGGCCCAUAGAGACCCAUUCAUUUUACUAGAUGUGGCCAACUGCUUACAUCACUACUUUAGUGAUACAUUUUUGUAAAUUCAUGUAUAUAUAAACAUUAGAAAGGACGUUAAAAAUAAAUAUUAUUUCAAAUAGUA